AUGAGCCACAAGCUAGAGAAAGGAUUUGAUCUUUUCUGGUGCAGGAUAGUUCUAAAUGCUUUUCCAAAUGUCAUCAUUCUCCUCGGUGGCACUUGCAAAAAUAAAAUUAUAGAGCAUUGUUUUCAUUUCCUUCCUUCUCUUCACCGACAUGAACUCUCUCUCUAUUUCUCUUCGAUCUUUCUAGCGAGCUCACAUCAUUGUGCCUCUAGUCAUCAUUCUUCCUUCUUCCGCCAGUGUCCUCUUCAAUCUCCGUCACUACAGCUGUGCUUUUACAGACGGUGUAUUGGAAACGUGAGAUUUCUUCCUCUGUCGCCAUCCCCUAUCUCUUUGCGGCUCUGUGGUCAGUGGAGGUGUGUGUUGUGCGCCCUCAGUCUUCAUCUCUUCAUCCUUUCUCAGCGUGGUGUAGCUGUGAGCACUGCGCGCGGAAAAAAAGUGAAGAGAAGAGGGAAAUAGAAAAGUUUGACAUUAGUUCCUCAUUCCUGUUAUUAUCUAUAUCAAAAAUUAAUC